UCUCUGAUAAAAGAAGAAAAGCUGGGGAGGGCGGCUUAAGAUUUAAUUUUUAUUUGUUUAAUCUGGCAUGAAAAUUAGGUGGCUUUUAAAAUAUAUUAGGUGGAAAUUCAAGAUUUGUUUAAUUCCACGUCAUUCCUCUGUUAUGCACUUAACGGAAAAGAAAAAAAGAAAAAAAGAAAUUAGUGACGAAUUUGUAACUUGAGUGACAAAAGAAAAUUUAACAAUAAUAGAAUGAUGGGUAGUUUACUCUAUAAAUAUGUAUAAAUUCAGUCCAAAUUACAAUCUUUUCUUUUCAUUAAUCUCUUUUGCUAUUAGAACUCCCCCCUCCCCCCUCCCCCGGUUUUAUUUUCUUUCUUGAGUGCUCAAAGCAGAAAGAACCAAGAAGCUUUCAAUUCUUUUUCUUUCUUCAAUGGCCGAAACAGAUGAUUCAGUAUCGGCAGAAAGGAAAGAACCAUCUUCAAUGGCUGAAACAGGGGAGUCAUCAGCAGCGUCAGGGGAAGAACCAUCUUCAAUGGUUGAAACAGGGGAGUCAUCAUUAGCAAAAGAGAAAGAACCAUCUUCAAUGGCUGAAACAGGGGAGUCACCAGCAGCGUCAGGGGAAGAACCAUCUUCAAUGGCUGAAACAGGGGAGCCAUCAUUAGCAAAAGAGAAAGAACCAUCUUCAAUGGCUGAAACAGGGGAGUCACAGGCAGCGUCAGGGGAAGAACCAUCCUCAAUAGAUGAAACAGGGGAGUCAUCAUUAGCAAAAGAGAAAGAACCCUCUUCAAUGGCUGAAACAGGGUCACCGGCAGCUUCAGGGGAAGAACCAUCUUCAAUAGAUGAAACAGGGGAGUCAUCAUUAGCAAAAGAGAAAGAACCAUCUUCAAUGGCUGAAACAGGGGAGCCACAGGCAGCGUCAGGGGAAGAACCAUCUUCAAUAGAUGAAACAGGGGAGUCAUCAUUAGCAAAAGAGAAAGAACCCUCUUCAAUGGCUGAAACAGGGGAAUCACCGGCAGCUUCAGGGGAAGAACCAUCUUCAAUAGAUGAAAUAGGGGAGUCAUCAUUAGCAAAAGAGAAAGAACCAUCUUCAAUGGCUGAAACAGGGGAGUCACCGGCAGCGGCAGGGGAAGAACCAUCUUCAAUGACUGAAACAGGGGAGUCAUCAUUAGCAAAAGAGAAAGAACCAUCUUCAAUGGCUGAAACAGGGAAGUCAUCAUUAGCAAAAGGGAAAGAUCCAUCUUCAAUGGCUGAAACAGGGGAUUCAUCAUCAUCAUUAACAGGGGAAGUAAGGGAGUUAAAGAAAGAACUUGAAAGGGUGGUAAGAAUGAUUCUUGAAGAAGAAGAUGAUGAUGACAAUAGGAUUGAUACAAUAAGCGAAUCCAUAAGAAUCUUGUCUCGUUUAAGAGAGAUGAAGUUGAAUCAACCUGCUGUUAUUGGAAUGGAUGAUGAUAAAGGUAAAGCAGUCUUGCCACCUAAGCAAGACGGCGCCUCUCCUAUGUCAUCUCCAUCACUCGUCAUGGGUAAUCCCUUUGUUUCGGUUUCAAACCAGGCGCUGAAGUGGAUGAAAUCAAAUGAAGCUAAACUAAAAAGCCAAGAGAUGAUGGACGCGAGUCGAGUUUCGGCAAACAUGCACCUUGAAAGGUUGUGUGGUUCAUUUUCUGAUAAGGUGAGAGCUGCUAGAGAGCUUAGCAAACUGACAAAGUCACAACCAGCAUACAGGGCAAUUUUUGCCGAGCUCCCGGACAGCAUCUCGAGAUUACUCGGUCCGUUAUUGUCCGAGGACUAUUACGAUCCCGAACUCGAGCAAGAUUUGAGCUACAGAGUUUCCAAACUCAAAAUGAAGCAAGAUUUGAUGGAAAUAGUUUUAGACAUUUCAACCGAUGACAACAAUAAGCAACAUAUGGCGGAACAUCCUAGUGUCAUCCCUUUGCUUGAUCGCACUCUUUACACUGGAACCAUGGAAACAACGAGAACUGCUGCAAUGACUCUGGUAUCGUUAUUGUCACUCGAAUCUAACAAGUUCAUCAUCGGAAAAUCCACCAUUCCUGCGGCUUUGCUUCGAUUCGUAGACAUAGAGGAUGCUGCCGCAGCUAUACUCAGCCUCUGUACUGUACAUGAGAACAUAGCAAAGUUUAAUAAAUUAGGGGCAAUCAAGGUUAUGUCGCAGAAGAUUGAUGAAGGUAUACUUGUUGAUCAGCUAUUGGCGAUUCUUGCAGUUCUAUCUUCACGUCAAGACGUCUUUUUUGAAUUUGAGGAUGUUGAUGCUUUCCGACGCUUGGUUGAGCACAGAAGAAAUAUCAGUUCCCAACGUGCUGAAAACACCAGCAGUGCUAGUGCCGCCAUACGUUGUUUCACGCGCAGAUGAAAUUAAAGGGACUACUCUGUAAACAUUUGCAGAACUAAGGGACCAAAAGGAAAUAAAAACCUUUUCUAGCUUGAUAUGUCUUACUUGAUGAAAUAAAAUCCCAAGGGAAAACCAUUCUUUUUA